AUGUCUUCUAGUGAAGAAAUCCAAAAUUUCAGAGUUUUUGCAGCAACAUGGAAUGUAGGAGGGCAAUGCCCCACUGGGAACCUUGAUCUGAAUGAUUUUCUUCAGGUUCGAAAUGAGCCAGAUAUGUAUGUUUUGGGAUUUCAAGAGAUUGUCCCUUUAAAUGCUGGGAAUGUGCUGGUAUUAGAGGAUAAUGAGCCUGCUGCAAAAUGGCUUGCCUUAAUCAACCAAUCACUUAAUGGUCCUUCAGAUUUGGCUCCUAAAGAACUAAAACCGACUGCAUCCUUUGGCGGCUCACUGUUCUUCCAAAAGCCUUCUUUAAAGAAGAUUAAGAAAACUUUCAAGAAAGUAAAUGGAAAGAGGCUAAAAAGUUGUAACUGUGUUCUUGAAAUGGAAAGAAAAGCUGCUAAUAAAGAUUUUUGUUUUCGCUGCCAAGAAUCGAACUUCAAUUCAGAUGAUUCUUCCACUGAAGAGGAGGAUGACAGUUUCCCAAUUCCUGUUGCAUUGGCUACUAACCAGAUGAAAUACAGUCUUGUUGCAAGUAAGCAAAUGGUUGGAAUUUUUGUAUGUGUCUGGAUGAGAAAGGAGCUUGUUCAGUAUGUAGGCCAUUUGAGAAUUUGUUGCACUAGCCGCGGGAUCAUGGGUUGCCUAGGGAACAAGGGAUGCAUAUCUGUGAGCAUGUCAUUUCAUCAGACAAGCUUUUGCUUUAUCUGCAGUCAUUUGGCAUCUGGAGAGAAAGAGGGUGACGAGCUGCGCAGGAAUCUUGAUGUCAUAGAGAUUCUAAAGAACACUCAGUUUCCAAGGAUUUGCAAGACAUCAUAUAGUAGGAUGCCUGACAAAAUUUUAGACCACGACCGAAUCAUAUGGUUUGGGGACUUGAAUUACAGAAUUUCUUUGAGCUAUGAUGAUGCAAAAAGGCUAGUUGAAAAGAAGGACUGGCCUGCUCUAUUUAACAAGGAUCAGCUUAAAAUGGAGAGGGAAGCAGGUCGUGUAUUUAAGGGGUGGAAAGAGGGGAAGAUCUCCUUUGCACCUACUUAUAAAUAUGCCUUCAACUCAGACACUUACUAUGUUGAAGGUGUCAAAGUUUCAAAGAACAAAAGGAGAACUCCAGCUUGGUGUGAUAGAAUCUUGUGGCAUGGAAGAGGAAUAAAUCAAAUUUCAUACGUCCGUAAAGAAUUUAAGUUUUCCGACCAUCGACCUGUGUGUGCAACAUUUAUGGUAGAUGUUGAGGUUCUGUGCAGGGGACAAAAGAAGAAGGUUUCCAAUUACAACUUUCAGAAUAUUGAUGAUCUUGUAUCCACAAGAAGUUCAUAUUUUUCUUGAAAAUUCGUCAUGCACUAACCAGUAACCAGAAAGUCCACAUAUUGCAAGAGUGAAAAAAUUUAGAAAUUUUGCAAUUGAGGUGAAGAAAAGUGUGAAGUUUUUGGACAGUGUCAAUCUACAAAAUGUUGCAUUCAGAAUUGAGGA